GGUCUCCCUGGCAACGCGCGGGCGCGGCGGCGCAUGCUCGGUGGCGGCGCGGCCCCGUGGCCCGGAAGCGGUGCGGCCGCGCCGUGACACGUCGCAGCGGCCGGGCGGCGGGGUGCGGGCCGGGCCGGGCCGGCGGCGCCAGAUCGCUGACCAUGUCCGGGUUCGACAGCUUCAACGCGGACUUCUUCCAGACGAGCUACAGCAUCGACGACCAGGCGCAGCCCUAUGACUACGGCGGCAGCGGGGGGCCCUACAGCAAGCAGUAUGGAGGCUAUGAAUAUUCUCAGCAAAGUGGAUUUAUCCCUCCAGAAAUGAUGCAACAGCAGCAGCCUUACACAGGGCAGAUUUAUCAGCCAACGCAGACGUAUACUCCAACUUCAGCACAGUCUUUUUAUGGAAGUAGUUUUGAGGAUGAACCUCCUCUAUUAGAAGAAUUAGGGAUCAAUUUCGACCACAUCUGGCAGAAGACACUAACAGUGCUGCACCCAUUAAAAGUAGCAGAUGGCAGCAUCAUGAAUGAGACUGAUUUGGCUGGACCAAUGGUCUUCUGUCUAGCUUUUGGAGCCACGUUAUUACUGGCUGGUAAAAUUCAGUUUGGUUACGUGUAUGGAAUAAGUGCAAUCGGAUGUUUAGGGAUGUUUUGUCUCCUGAACUUAAUGAGCAUGACGGGUGUCUCAUUUGGCUGUGUUGCCAGUGUCCUUGGAUACUGUCUUCUUCCUAUGAUCUUACUUUCCACUUUCGCAGUUGUAUUUUCAUUGCAGGGAAUGAUGGGAAUUAUUCUCACUGCUGGAAUCAUUGGCUGGUGCAGUUUUUCUGCUUCCAAAAUCUUUAUUUCUGCCUUAGCAAUGGAAGGACAACAACUCCUAGUAGCAUACCCCUGUGCUUUAUUGUAUGGAGUCUUUGCUCUUAUUUCUGUGUUUUGAAUAGACUGUACAAAUUGUUGGACUCCAGUGGGCCAAAACGAAAACAUCAACUUGGAACAUUUAGUUGGACCAGAAGCAGCUGCAAACAGCUAUAUAAUAUUGCUAUCAUGAAACUUAGACCUGUUUUGAAUUAUCUGCAACAAUGGAAACAAAUGUCUUGUGUUCACUUUUUUAGGACUUUGAAUACUGUUUUCAAUUGACCUAAGGUGUCUAUAGCUUUAAUAAGUAUUCAUGCUUAUAAAGUUAAUGUAAUUUCUUUCCCAUUCCUAAAUCUUUGGAAAAGUAACUUUUGUUUAUUUGAGGGUGUUUUUUUGGGGGGGGGGAGUGAGUAAGGGAGGGAGAAGGGUUGCAGUUAUACUUGAUAGAUUUUUAUCAGCAAAGGUAAAUAAAACCACAGAUGUAAAUUUGAGUUUCUCUUUGAAUUAAUCUGCGGUAAUAACCUAUUUCCCAUCCCCUCUUACAAAAACCAAAAUGCACAAAAGAACUCAAGCAAUUAGAACAUUUUCUAUAUUAUAAAAAAUACACUCUUAAGCUCUUUGGUCUCUUA